AUGCUGUCGCACGCUAUAUUCGAAAGAGAUGUUCAAGAUCCUUGCUCUGCCGCUUGCGAUUGUGCAGAUGCCUGUAAAAACACAGCCAGUGCAGCUCCGGUGGUGGGGGUGUCAGAUUCUCCAGUGUUUGCAUCACGUUGUAACUUGCCAGAGAAAGUAACCGCUCUACGGAAGAUCCAUACAGCACCCCAUCCGUGGGAGAACGGUCCGUCACAGUUCCUGCUCGUGUGUACUGGGGGCCCAACACCCAUCUCACCGCCAUCCCCGCUCUCAGAGCAGAGACCGGUACGCAAGAGAGCCAACAGUUUCGCCUUCAUACAUAGACUCUCCCGCAACUCGUCCAUGUCUAAGAUGUUCGACUACGCGGAUAACACAGCAAGCAGACCAAAGUUCUCCAGGAGCGGGUCCAUGGAUGACGGCCUCGCACCGUCGCUGGCACAGUUGCAGGUGUCCCCAACGGCACCGCUCACAAGACACAACUCCUGCUACGCUAUACCGACUCACGUCUACGGGCUGGAGAAGUACGUCACCUCGGAACUGGACGAACUGUCCUCGGGGCCCAGCACAGCGACGAACUCGCAGAGCACCAUGGCGUCCGUGUUUAUCUCCCGGGCCACACAGGGGACCCUCGAUCGAGGACUCGACAAUGCGUCCGAGUCGUCCUCCUCGUCGGAUUCAGAAUCCUCGUCGUCACUGUCGCUGACCGCAUCGGUUACUCGCACUCACGGAGGGGCGAAACGUACAAGUGUCACAGACGAGGAUCUCGCGGGGGACAAACCAAAAAACAUUAAAUCAAGACGUUCAUUCAUCAAGUUGUCCCUGGCGCAAUCCUUCGCUUGA